AUGAUGCACCGCGACAGAGUUGUGUAACUUUCCAGCUUCUUCCAGGCAAAAACUCUCGCGGCCGUAGCUAGUUAGCUAGCAACAUCGGCUAAAAUAGAAACAUCGAUCUAGUUUCGUUCUGGAUGUUUAGGAAAAGUUUAUUUUGUGUAUAAAGGUGGUCAGUUUUAUCACAAGGAUAGGACGAGGUGAAUAAAAGAAGAAGAAAAAAGAGACAAAAGAUAAUCGGGGGCGUAUCAGAAAUCAAACAUGUCCUCCUCUUCCUCCUCGCAGGCAUCUUCCAGGCGGCAAUGGUGUUAUCUGUGCGACUUGCCCAAGAUGCCUUGGGCCAUGAUUUGGGAUUUUAGCGAAGCUGUGUGUCGCGGGUGUGUGAAUUAUGAAGGUGCAGACAGGAUAGAAUUGCUCAUCGACACAGCGAGACAGCUAAAACGCACCCAUGUGAUGCAGGACGGAAGGUCUCCAGGUCCUCAGCCGGGUGGUAAACACGGCCCUGGGGCGAAAGAUGGCGCACUGGAUGGGGGCAGAAACACCGCUGAGCGAUUUGAACGGAGCAGAGCAGAAUUUGUACCUUCCAGGCUUCCUAAUGGACUGCCCAGGUUGGACGAUGGUGCUGUUGCAGAGGUUAGUAGGCAAAGUCCCAAUGCGAGAAGGACGAUGGUGGCAGGUGUGCCGCCCAAUUUGAUGGCCCAAGGUAUUGUGGGUACAGCGCAUAGCCUUUUAAUCGGCACCAGACCCGGCGUGACACCACUGGCCAUAUCUGCACCCAUGUUGAGCGAACUUGGGAAAAGACAGGCAAUGGGUGUUGGGAUGCCGUUCGUGAGCUCAGACUUUGAGAAGGAUCUGAAGGAGAAACAGAGGAAUGCCGAAGCGCUAGCCGAACUUUCCGAAAGUGUCCGGAACCGAGCUGACGAUUGGGCUGGACGACCCAAAUCCGUGAGAGACACUCUGCUGGCACUUUCCAGCUGCGCACCAUUCAAUGUGCGCUUUAAGAAAGACCAUGGCCUUAUUGGGAGGGUGUUUGCUUUUGACGCCAAGAUUGGUGUGGAUUUUGAGCUCAAGGUGUUUGUUGAGUACCCGUGUGGCUCAGGCAAUGUUUUCUCAAGCCUGUUGGCCUUGGUGAAGCAGAUGUUCCAGGAUAGCCAAAAAGACUCAGGCAAAGUGAUCAGCUCUGGCUUUAAAUAUGUUGAGUAUGAGAAGCGGCAUGGCGCCGGUGAUUGGCGUCUUCUUUCUGAGCUCCUCAGCGAUGCUGUUCGGGCAUUUAAAGAACCACCAACUCCUGAUUCACUUCCUCAACCUUAUUUGGAUGCUGCCUGUGCCAUGUUACCCACUGCACUCUGCCAUCUUGGACGUCCUGGCCAAGCCCGAAUGCGGCGCCGAAAAGCUUCUCCUGAUCCGGAUGGCUCUGAGAGGGUGACAGAGGAGCAGCUACGCCAGCAUUGGUACCCUAGCAUGAGCGCCCACAUUCCCACCAGUUCUCUGGCCAGUGCUAUACCAGGCCAGCCUCCAAAUCUCCAGGAGGUGGUUCCUGUUUCCCAUGGCAGUGACCCUUCACCUAUCAGCGCCCUCAUGAGUGUUGCAGACAACGUCGGUGCUAUUAGCCAAUCGCCAAAAGACAUGCCCGGAAGCAGUGGUGCCCAUGCUUCCAGUGCCAGCCCUUCUUCAUCCGGGCAACGGCGACUGGCAUCACGUAACGGUGAGAAUGGAUCCGGAACAGCUGCGGUUGCUACAGCAAUGCCCCCUGUUGCAGUGGCAGACCCAGGAUCUGAAAUCUCUGGAGCAUCUGGAGCUCCUCUUUGUUGCACCAUUUGCCAUGAAAGGCUUGAGGAUACACAUUUUGUCCAGUGCCCUUCAGUACCUGUGCACAAGUUCUGCUUCCCAUGUACCAGGGAAUUCAUCCGUAAUCAAGGCUCAGGGAGUGAGGUGUACUGCCCAAGUGGUGAUAAAUGCCCACUGGUGGGCUCCAAUGUACCCUGGGCAUUCAUGCAGGGCGAGAUUUCCACCAUCUUGGCCGGAGAUGUGAAAGUCAAGAAGGAGAGGGACCCUUAAUAUGAAGCAGGAAGUUGCAUUUCCUGAACCCCAAAGAUGAUCGACGCCAUAGCACUGAAGAGAUGACUGUUCACAUGCACAGAUCCUCUUCCUCCAUUUAUCUCAUCCCUCUGUUCACGAUGAAGAAUGCUUCCAUGCAACAAUUGAUCCAUCCGUCCGUCCUCAUCGGUGUUGAGGAAUUUUUCCUCUGUCCCUCCAUCUUCUGCCCACAAUAAAACCAUUUUCACCUCCCCCUUCUCACCUCUCUCUAUCCUCUCAUCACCCCACAACUUUUAUUUCUAUCCUCUCCAGAAAUAAAGGGGUACUUAUUUGCCCCUUUUAUCAAUUCAUUUCACUUCAGUUAUAUGUUUAGAGCUUUUAUCAAGACAUCCAUUUCCCUUUUUUGUCUCAACUUUUUCUGUCUUUUGCCUACAAUAAAUCCAAUCUUCCUUUACCUCCAUCUUUUGCACUAUCCUCUCAGCACCUCUUUAUCUACCCCCUCUUUCCAUCAUUCUCUUUAUUCCCUCAUAUCAAUUAAUUUCAUUUAAAUUUAUUUCAGUAUGUUUAGCGCUUUUAUCAAGACAGCCAUUUUCCUUUUCACUCUUCUCCCUACUUUUUUCAUUCCUCAAUUAAUGCAUUUUAAUGGACAAUCAGUUAGAUUUGGUGUGCUUUUUUUGACCCCAACAUGUAAUAGUGCUUUACUGCAGAGCUAAAUAAUUUUAUUUAGGAUUUUAAAAUCUUUUUUUGUUUGUUUUUUGCUUUUAUUUAGUAUUACUGAUUCCCGAAACAUGACAAAUGAUUAGUCUGAAUAAAUGUUCUAAUCCAUAAUAGUAGAAGAUUUAUCUACAGUUUUCCUUGUGUCAAAUGUAAUCGAUCAGCCAAUUUUAACAACUAACUGAACUUUAUUUCGCCCAAAAUUCUGUAAAUUUGUGUGGAACACGGGCUGGGUGAGACGCUAGUCACUAAAUAUUUUCAAAAUGUUUCUUGGUUGAUUGAUUACGUUUGGCAAAGAGGGUUUGUUUUUGAUUUGUUUUUCAGGCCAUCUGUUUUUUAACAGCCACUACAGCACUAAAGUAGGCAUGUGCCGAUGAUGAAUAUGCAUAGGGCAAAAAUCGCUGUAAAUGUUUUUAUUUUUACCUUGGUAAAAUCUUAAAAUAUUGUACUCUUUAAUUAUUCAUUAGCUGAAAAGCAAUUGUCUCAUCCAUGUUUUUAUUAUCUGAUAAAAUUGUAGAUAGUUGUCAUAUAUACAGCAUACAGCUGUCCUUACGCUAGCACAGAUUUGCUUUUUAAAUAUUCCACCUACCUAGGCAACAUCUUUUUAAUGAGGAAAAAUGUUCCUGUUAACAACAUUGUGAAACAUUGCGAUAUUUCUUUUUAAUGAAAUCAUUAAUAAUCGGCACAUGCCUACAGUGUUGACAUUCUUUUGUAUUUUGGUCAAAUAUAUAUAUAUAUAUAUAU